AGAAGGGACCUACUAUCUCUGCCAAAGAAAAUUAAAAAUUCGAGAUCAAAAAUCAAAUCCAAUACCUCUUGUGCAACCAAAAAUCGAAGAAUCUCCAACCACUGAUUCCAAUUUCUCAUCAAACCAUGGUCCUGAAAAUCCUCAUCUUCACCAACCGUCUCCCCACCCUCACGCCAGCCGAAUUCAAAAACUACUACGAAACCCACCACAUGCCACUCAUCCAAAAAAUCUCAGGAGACGAUGCUUGGUUGAGUCAUACGAGAAAUUACAUUCCGAGAGACAGCGACACCAAUACAGCACAGUUGAUCAUUGGGGAUCAGGAUCUGGAGUUCGAUUGUGUGGCUGAAGUCAUAUAUAGGGAUCAGGAACAGUUGCAGAGACAGAUGGCUGCGGUUGGGACGUCGGAAAAUACGAGGUUGAGGGAGGAGGAUGAGGAGAGGUUUAUUGAGAGGAGGAGUGUGAAGGUUGUUGUGGUUGAGUCGUGUGGGGGUUCUGUGGGUGGUUUUGGUGGGUGAAGGGAGAGUGGUGGGUGAGUAUUGGGACUGGGAUUCGAUAUUGCAAGAGGUGUACUGCUCAUCAGUUGAGUCCAAGCCCGGAAUCCCGUCUACCAAUCGAUUCCUCGCUGAUCUUCUUUCCUUGAGUACGAUCUUUCACUGCCUGACUUCCAUCUUCAUGCCGCUGCGAUGUGGAGUCCAUCUAUGACUCGGCCUAGAAGAUCCGUGGAUCAAUGUUCCUCAGAAGCCCGGGAAGCCACCAUCAGUCCCGAGUCUUGGAUGAAUUCUGAUCACAAUUGGCGUCGUAGCAAAAGCCCAGAGUGUUGGCAUCAGAACUAAUAUGUCUUCACCCUGCAGUGUUGGCGGUUAGCAACAUGAAUGCUGCUCUUGGAAAACCCAUCCAGAACCAUUUGAAACGCGAUUGCGUUGCUAUUGCAGGCUCACCAACCCCAGCAGCUACCUUCCCUAAGACCCCUCGAGAAUCCAGCCAUAGGCUGCUGACACGGAAUGGCUCGGCCAAUGGCAGCUUGAUCGAUAGCAUCGAGUUGCGAUCCGAAGCGUAGCUGAUAUCCUUCGCUCUUAUCAGACCUAGGUGGUGCCCAAUUCCAGCGGCAUCGAUUGGAGAUUGUGGUGAAUAACUCGUAUUUUUUGCACUUGGUUGCGGGCGCCGACAGAUCAGCCAUAGUCUGGAUAGUUCAGGGAGCUUAGGGAAAUAGAGCGGUGUAAGCACACCUAAUUGUAUAGCACAGCGGAGAGUAGAGGCGUAGGGGCAAUAUUGAGAAGAAUGGAGAGCAUGGGUCGAGAUUGUAUCUCCAGACGCGGGAAUACUUCAUUGAAAGUUCCGCAUUUCGUAAGGAGGCGACGU